AUGGAGGCUAAGAUAGCCGAGUUGCUCAAAUGGAAAGAAGGGGGCGGGGUACCUAUCCCGAAGAUUGAGGUUACCCCACCCUUCACUCGGAGGAUCAUAAGGGAACCCAUUCCUUCCACCUUCAAGCCACCCAGCAUCACACGCUUUGACGGCCGGGGUGACCCACAAGAGCACAUAAUGGCCUACCAGGCUACCAUGAUGCUAAUGGGAUCAUCAGAGGCCAUGAUGUGUAGAGCCUUCUUUUCCACCCUUAUCGGCCAGGCGCAACGCUGGUUCACAAGCCUCAAAGGAGGGACUGUGGACUCUUUCCAUGACUUGGCUGUGAAGUUCAUCACCCACUUUAUGAGGGGAAGGAAGAUCCGAAAGCAUUUCACUCAUCUCACCACCGUGAAGCAGGGAGUUGGGGAAUCACUGACCGACUUUCUGGCUCGCUGGCGGGCGGAGGAAGCGAACGUAGAGAACAUCGAUGACAAAUCAGGCGUGGUCAUGUUCGUCGACGCCCUAAGGGCGGGAGACCUGUACAAAAGCCUACGAUGCAAAACCCCCGACACCUAUGCAGCGCUGAUGGCGAAGGCUGACAGGUAUGCCGAGGCGGAGGAGGCGAACCGUUUGAAGGGCCGCGAAGAAGAGAUCCCCGGUAAAAGGUCCCGACCGACCGAGGAGCCUGUUAGGCCGGGAAAGAGAGGGGCAAACCCCGCGGCAGAAAGGGCCAUUGGGGGGAGGGGAGCAGACGCUGGAGAGGGGACGAUGACAUAUAGGGCGCCUCCACCGUGGGCACCCCGCCCGCCGAUGAGGAGUCUUCCGACGGCGCCCCUCACCCCUAUCAACGCCCGACCCAGUGAGGUGUUAGUCUAUGCCGAGCAAUGCCAAAUGGUUAAAUUUCCCGAGCCACGGGCACCGAGCAUCCCCGCCGAAGGCCGGGGGCGAUACUGUCGAUUCCACCGCCGACCCGGGCACAAUACGGACGAGUGUCAGGCCUGGAGGAAGGAGAUAGAGGCCCUAAUCCAAUCAGGCCACUUGGGCAAUUUCAUCGAUUGGAGCAAGAUGUACUAUGGGAACGUAUGGAGGAGGGAGACAGCAGAGGUUGGCCCUGAGAGUCCCAACCCCCCGAAGGGAAGGACAGGUGGGGGCGCAAGCGUUAAGGGGAAACGCCCCGUGAUUAACGUAAUCUUCGGUGAAUGGUCAGCAGGCAAAAGGGAGGAGGAAUAUGUGGGGUCCGUCGAGAGAACACCCGCCGUGAAGAGACAACGCAAGGAACCGAUCACUUUCACUAAUACCGACCUCCCACGUGGAGGAGCUUCGUCCAAGGAAGCCAUGGUUAUCGCAAUGGAGAUCAACGGCACUAUAGUCAGGCGAGUGCUGCUCGACACCGGGAGCAGCGUAAAUGUGAUGUAUCACGAUAUCUUUGUCAAGCUGGGAUUUGCCCAAGACCAGCUGAAACCGAUCAAAACUCCGUUGGCCGGAUUCACUGGGGACACGGUUGAAACAGAAGGCAUGAUUUGA